AUGCAAGUGGUGCCAUCGGAGACCCUGACGAAGCAGGCAGGCAAAGACCGCGGCCGUCUCGCGGCCAGCAGCGUGGAUCUAUGGGCUAUCGGCAUCACGAUCGUCAUUGGCGGGCAGUUCUUCUCGUGGAAUGCUGGCCUCGUGGUCGGUACCGUGGGGUUUGGGCUCGCGGUGGGGGUCGUGGGGGUUGCGUACCUGUGCUUGGCUUGUUCGAUGGCUGAAAUGUCGAGCAUGCUGCCGUUUGCGGGGGGCGUCCACGGGUUGUCAAGGUGCACGCUGGGGUUUUACGCAGGGUUCAUCUUGGGCUGCUGCGAAAUCCUAGAGUAUUUGCUGUAUGUGGUCAGUGUGAAUGUGACACUCGGUCGCCUGCCGUACGAGCCGGUGGUGUGGUUCGCGUCCCACGCUUUCUCCCUGGCCAUUCUAUGUGUGGGCGGCAAAGUGUUUUGGCGGUUCAACUUGGCCUUAGCCAUCGCCCUCGUCGGGUUUGUGUUGAUGUAUUGCGUUGGCUCGGCUUCGUACGCCAACCUAUGGGAGCAUGGGGGCGGGUCGGACUGGCUGUUUCACGGGUCAUCCGUGUUCGAUUUCGUCCGCGCGUUCCCAAUGGCAAUGUGGUUCUUCACUGGCAUCGAAGCCCUCAACACGCUGCCCAACGAAGUGACCAACCCCAAGACGACUAUCCCCAAAGGUCAGGUGGCGGCGAUGGCCACGCUGCUCGUCACGGCCACGGCCAUUUACGUCAUGUCCCUGAGCCUCCCCCCUGGCGUGCGGCAACUGCCGACGGUGCUGUCUAUCUUCAACGGCGGGUUCGUCCAAAUAUUCAACUUGCACGACGACGCCGCCACACUUCUGUCGAUUCCAGCGUGUUAUGCGUCCACCCCGGGGUUCCUCCUAGCGUCCGGGAACAUCGUCACAGCUCUCGCCGACUCGAAGCUGCUUCCGCACUUCCUCCAUCGGCGCCACUUCUCGCUCGGCACCCCCAUCCGGGCGCUGUGCUGUACGACCCUCGCGAGCUUUGGCCUGUGCUUCUUUGUGUUCUUCCACCCCGGCGUCGACGCCGUUUUUUACUUGCUCGCCAUGUUCUUUGGCUGUCUGGCCUACACGUCGCAGUGUGUCGGGUACUUAUUUUUGAAGAAAUGGUACCCUUCCAUGCCCCGCACGUUUACGAGUCCGUUCGGGGUCGCCGGCGCCGUCUUUGCCGCCCUCACGUUUACGUUGUGUGUCCUUUCGAUUGCGUUUUUUCAAGACGACGGCCAUGCGGCGCAUGUGAUCAUGGUGGCAUUCGUCGUGGCGUUGUCUAUCUAUUACCACGGAUAUGCCAAGACGAGGCAAAUCAUGUCGGAAGACGAACGCAAAGUCCUGUUCUUCGUGCAUGUGGCCAACCACAACGGCGCCAAACACAAGCAUCGAAAGCAGCGAGGCCGACUGGCAAACAUGUACAAGUUGUUACAUCGUCGCAUGUUACAAGUUGGGCCACCAUCCACGUCCAAAACCACGCAGCACACGACCAAACGAGAUGUUCCCACUAUAUCCACACAGGCGCCUUGUACGACCGACGUUAAGCGCUACUAG